UCAGUAAUAAUGACAGAGUGGGAGGGCUACUUGGUGCAACUAAUAAGGACCGCGAUCUAGCAGGCGAUCCCACUGUGACUUUUAUUUCCAAGUCCUGGAAUCCGGAAUCAGACUGAUCGUAAUCACACAUGGAUUAUACUCUUUUCGCAGCUUUUUAUUUGUUUCUGCCUUAGAGGAAACUUUCUCACAAACUGUUUUCACGUGGGACUGCUUCCUGGUGUCAGAACCAUGAUAUGCUUGUUAAGAUGGACUGUGUUCCUUUGGACUAUAAAUUUCAUUCCUUGCACAUUUGGAAUGUCAGUGAAUGAACGACCAGAUGGCUCAUGUCCCCCUCUGAGUGUAGAGGAGCACAGGUUUUCUGAUAUCUUAGAUCGUCCCCUGGAAAUCCAAGGAUUUGAUCUCACUGAAAAGUUUCUUCUCCGAAAGGGGACAAUCACAGAGGACCUGCCGUCAUUUCGUUUAGGAAGCAGUCCACUCAUAAAGCCAACAAAAGUAAUAUUCCCAAAUGGGCUUUCGGGUGAAUACUCCCUUGUCACUAUCUUCCGGGUAAGAAGAACUACAAAAAAAGACCGCUGGUAUCUCUGGCAGAUAUUCGACCAGUCGGGAGGCAGUCAGGUAUCUGUUGUGGUUGAUGGUGGCAAAAAGGGGGUGGAGUUUUCUUUCCAGGGCCAGCUAAAGAAUGCUCUCCGCUACACAUUUAAGAGCCGUGACCUACAUGCCCUUUUUGAUCGCCAGUGGCACAAGCUGAGCAUUUCUGUACAGAGCAACAUAGUCUCCAUUUACAUGGACUGCAAGCUAAUAGAAAGCAAACAGACUGAUGAGAAGGACAGCUUUGACCCCAGUGGGCGCACUCUCAUCACUACACGAGUGGAGGAUGGACGACCUGUAGAUAUUGAGCUGAAACAAAUUCUAAUCUACUGUGACCCUUAUAUGGCCGAAAUGGAAAAUUGCUGUGAGCUAUUGGAACCAAAGUGUGAAGCCAUGAAGACCUUUAAUGGGACUUCCCCUCCCCUGGUUACAGCCCAGCUCCCCCAGAUGCUGUCUCAGCCGACCUCAGUGUCAAUUGACAGAUGUCACUGUCCAGCUGAAAAGGGAGAAGCUGAUCUUCCAGGUGUAGUUGGACUGGCAGGACAAAAAGGGGAUAAAGGAGACAAGGGGGACACAGGGGAGGCCGGGCCUUUAGGAAACCCAGGACAUAAGGGGGAACUUGGAUCAGAAGGGCAAAAGGGAAUCGAUGGGGAGAAGGGUCUGAAAGGUGACCCAGGGCCAGUUGGUCCAGUUGGUCCAGUUGGUCCAGUUGGUCCCAAAGGACACAAAGGUGAUGUGGGUCUUCCUGGAGCUCGGGGGCUGCCUGCUGACAAAGAGUGCGUCAAAGGAGAUCAGGGCCCUCCAGGUGACAAAGGAGAAAAGGGAUUGGCUGGGGUGCCAGGGGAACCAGGCAAAGAGGGCAAAAGGGGACGGAGAGGAAAGACUGGGGAGCCGGGACUCAGAGGCCUGCCUGGUCCCCCAGGAACCCCGGAAGGAGCAAGUGUCAAGGUGGAGAGGGGUGAGCCUGCAGUCCCAGGGGGAAAAGGGGAGAAAGGAGAGAGAGGAGACCCUGGUCAGCCAGGUGCUGAAGGGGCCGGCGGGAUGAAAGGACAAAAAGGUGAUGUUGGCCUUCCUGGUCCUCCUGGUCCUGUGAUGACAGCUCACGGAUUGAGACAGCUCUCUGAAACUGAUACAAUGACGGAGAAGACACAAAAGGGAGAAAAGGGAGAUGAGGGGGAGAGAGGACCGCAAGGCUUCAAGGGAAACAUCGGGCCGCCAGGACUCAAGGGAGAUCAAGGACCAGAGGGCAAGCAAGGCCUGCCUGGACCCACUGGACUCCCAGGACUCUCAGGCGAGCCAGGCUCGCCAGGGGAGUCAGGGAUGCCUGGGAGAGAUGGCCUGAAAGGAGAAAAGGGGGACUCUGGUGGAGUAAUGGGGCCACAGGGACCUAAGGGUGAGCCUGGAGAGCCUGGAGGUGGAUAUAUGGGCGAUGGGUUGUCUGUAAGCAGAGGGUCUCGCGGGCCCAAGGGUGAGAGAGGUGUCCCAGGUUUGCCCGGAGACCAUGGUGAUAAAGGCGAGCCUGGAGAGAGUAUCAUAGGCUCACCUGGCCGCAUGGGACCCCCAGGAAAGCCGGGAAUUGAGGGCCCUCGCGGACCCCCAGGUUUAUCUGGCCCUCCUGGAGUUCCAGGAACAGAGGGCUCCCCUGGAUGGCCAGGCCCCCCGGGCCCUGCUGGACCUCCAGGUGAACCAACUGCCCUGCCAAUUGUUGGAGACAUGGGUGCAUUACUCAAGAAUGCCUGCAGUGUGUGCCAGACGAGAGUCCCAGGGCUUCCUGGGCAGAAGGGAGAGAAGGGGUCCCUUGGAGCGCAAGGAGUCGAAGGCAUGGUGGGAGAAAAGGGAGAUCCAGGUGUAAGAGGUCCCAUGGGUAACCCUGGAAAAGAAGGCCCAAAGGGAGUAAAAGGAGAGAGAGGGUUCCCAGGCCCCACAGGAGAUAAAGGUGAUGAGGGGACUGCAGGAGUGCCAGGACUCCCUGGGGUGACCGGUCGUACAGGGGCCCCGGGGCUUAUGGGUAGACCCGGGCCAAUGGGCCAACCAGGAGGAAAAGGAGAAAAAGGAAAUGAAGGGCCCCCAGGCAGGCCAGGGCUUCCAGGGCCUCCGGGUGUACCCAAUGUGGAGGGCAAUGGGAUGAGCAGUCUGUACAAGCUGCAGAGUGGUGGAGCUAUUUUAGGACCCCCUGGAGCUCCUGGCGCUCCGGGUCCCAAAGGAGAUGAAGGACUUGCAGGGGACCCAGGGGCCAUGGGAUUACCCGGGCUUGAAGGGCUACCCGGUGCCAAGGGUGAUAUUGGUUUGCCUGGUCCACCUGGUAUACUAGGUCCUCCUGGGAAGCCCGGCCCUCGCGGAGAGCCAGGGAUCCCAGGAGAGCCGGGUGAGAGGGGGCCGCUCGGAGAGACAGGAUUCCCAGGGCCCGAGGGACCCCAAGGUGUUCCUGGGAGACCUGGAAAAGAUGGAACUCCUGGAUACAAGGGAUCUGCAGGUGCAACAGGGGACAGAGGAUCCAAAGGAGAACGUGGUGAUCCAGGGAUUCCUGGAGAAAGGGGUGUUCAAGGCGAGAGGGGUCGCUCAGGCGAUCCUGGCCCCAUUGGACAGAUCGGACCUCCAGGCCAAAAAGGCGAUCCUGGCCCUCCAGUAAAUUUGGAAAAUGUAAACCUCAUGGGUGAUCCCAGCUUCAUGGAAGAACUCAAAAUGUUUAUCAGAACUGAAGUAUUGAGGGUCUUCGAAGAGAAGCUAUCAAGCACGGCCACGCUGCAGAAGACACCUGCAGGGAUCUUAGCUUCACAGGUCCACGGGCCUCCAGGACCUCCCGGAAAGGACGGAUUACCAGGCCCGCCAGGAGAGCCCGGACCUCCUGGUCCUCAUGGGUACAGGGGGCAGAAAGGAGAGCGAGGUCAGCUUGGUCUGGGGUUACCAGGAGAUCCAGGAUCCAUGGGCCCACCAGGCCCUCCUGGGAUCACUUCUAAGGGCCCUCCUGGCUCUCCGGGGCCCCGUGGACCUCCUGGGACUUGUGACCCCAGUGACUGUCUCCUUCCAUCCCUGUGAACCCAGCAGAGCGGUUCAUAUAUUGGGUUGGUUCGAAUAUAGACGCCUGGCUCCGAGCUCAGUGCUGCAGCAGACGGCCUCGCUGUAUGUAAGAGCUUCCUCAGAUCUGGUUCAUCGGACAGACUCACAACUGACCUCUUUUGUUCACUUUACAAUAACAUUUGGAUGCAGUCAGGAUUUCUUGUUGUUGGGUUUGUUCUUUUUCUUUCAUCUUGCAGUGCUGUACUAUUAAGGUAUUUCUUGUUUUCACAUCCCCUACUGUGAUGUAAUGCAUUCCUUGUCAACUCUCAUUAUGUCUUUCAAGACCAUGAAAGGACUUUAUUUUAUCAGCUUCAGUCCUGUCUGAAAACAUGAUCUUAAUUAUUUGUUUGCCUUCUUAAUGGGCUUGCCUAUUCACUCUUCUGUUCUUAUUUAGAUAAGCCUAUGUGCUGUCAGAAGGUACUGUCACGUGUGUGUGUGUGUGUGUGUGUGUGUGUGUGUGUGUGUGUGUGUGUGUGUGUGUGUGUGUGUGUGUGUGUGUGUGUGUGUAUGUGUGUGUGUUCGUGUGUGUGUGUGUGUGUGUGUGUGUGUGAGACUUGUUUUAUGUGGAGUUGUGAUAAAAUAACAGAUUUCUGAGACUCCUUAUGCAACCAAAGUGCAGCAGAUGUGACCGAUAUGCAAAUUAUUUAUUUUUAGCGUGUUUUAGCAUCUUCAAGGAUGUAGUUAAAGAUGGUUCUAAUAAUUGUAGUGAAUGUAGCAUGGAUACUCAGUAAUAUUAUUAUUAGAAGGUGGAUUGAUACAUUUCAAGAUUACUGAGAGUUGUGUUUUAUGAAAUUAUCACUCAUGACACAUUUGCAAUGUGCAUGAUAAUCUUUUUUUUUUUUUUAAGAAUCUGCAGUAUAAUCAUAUAUAAAGACGUCUUCCUAUUUUCUUUAGGUUCGGCAACGUUACUGAAAACCAUAUCUGUUGUAGUACAUAAACCUACAACUCAUACUGUUUGUCUGAAACUACUGUAUUUUAAAAGGUGUGUUCAGAUCAAAUGCAAAGAGAAUUCUUUUGUAUUUAGCUCGCAAAUAUUCACCCUUAAAUUAUUUACGUUACAACGUCAGUGCUAACUUCGUAGUAAAGUACAAGCGAUAGCUGGAAUCAAGUUACAAAUAUAUAUUUUCAAAAAAUACCAUGUAGUCCUAUGGCUUCGCUCACUUUUCUCCAAGCUGUCUCCUCUCUGUACAGUACUGACAAUGAGUCCUAGAGUUCCGGGUGCCCACGGACACCGACAGUAAGUUUGUCCUCCAUUUCUGAUUCUCAGUGAUGUCAGUAUAAUCUCACACUGAUAGGCUUUCGCCAUACACAUUUUCCACCCAAAUUUAAACAUUUCAAUGUGCAUGUAUUAAAAUGUCUUUUUAUUGACUGUAUGUAAUUGCGCUGAACAGAAAUGUUGCUUUGUGUUUAGUCUGAACACACCUUAACACACAUAUUUCAAGGGCAGAUUUGAAGAAUGUACUUUAAAUGUUGUGUAUGUUUAAGGAGUGUGAUGUAACCUCACAUUCACCUCUACUGUUGUUUUAAUCUGUAAAUAAGUUGGACGAGUUAUUGAGGUUUUUCUUUUUCUUUCUUCCCGUCUAAUGCGACUUGUACCGGGACCUGACAAUAUAAUUACAUAAGCAAGCUGUCAUUGUAAUGACACAAUAAGGUUCCCUGUGUGUGUGUGUGUGUGUGUGUGUGUGUGUGUGUGUGUGUGUGUGUGUGUGUGUGUGUGUGUGUGUGUGUGUGUGUGUGUGUGUGUGUGUCCAAUGAUAAUUAUUAACAUUUACAUGGUUUACAUGCUGUAUGAUGAUUCCUCUGGUUUAUUUGUAUAUUUUUGAUUUUCAGCUACACAAAGGAAAUCGGGACUACUACACUACAACUUCAGACUUUUUAUUUUUGUUAAAAAUAUACUCAUGAAUGUAUACUUGAAUUUUCUCGUUCUUCGUUUGAACCGUAUCAUGGUCUACAUCCUGGUUUUUCACUCACUGACCAGCACUGUGUGUCACUAUGUAUCCUCUGGUUUUGGGGUGUCUUAAGACUGGAGUUUGAUUUAUUUAUUUGUUAUAACAGGCUUUGGAGCCAUUUUAAUGUUCUCAACUCAUUUCAGGUUUUGAGUCAACUUUACAGGCCAUACUGUAUGAUUUAUCUUAUCCACAAACUCAGUACAAUCACUCUGAAAACAUGCAGACCUUCUCCAAGACGGAAAGAUAAAAGUUCCCAGCAUUCAAACUUUAGAUUUAAAUGAAUGCCUAUUUGAAGCCUUCUAAGUAAAUGCACUUAGUUCAUCCAAAAAGUAAACUAAACUUUAUAAUCACACUAAACAAUGAACUUUUGUAUAGCAAACAUAAUUGGCCUGGUGUGUAUAUUACUUCCCUCGCUGUUUAAUGAGAGUUUGACUCAAAGGCUUUAAUUUUACUUUUAAGUGCCCAGCUGUGAUUCAUGUUUGAAAGGUUCUGUGGGCGUAUCUGACAUUUUGUGAUGUUAAGAACUCGGUUCUAUCUGUAUUUCAUGCUUUAAGAUCUGUUUGAGACUUUUCAUGUCAUGUCUCACAAGGUUAUCGAGCCUCUCUUUCACAUAUGAAUUAUGACUCACAUCCUACUCUGAAGCUGCAGAGCAUUUUUUUUUUUUCUCAGCAUGCAGGCUUAGUUUUAUGUCUGCUAGUGUGAGUGGGUCUAUUUUUAGAUGGUUAUUGAAUCAAAUGUAUACCACUGACUUUAUUUGUGAGUUGAAAGAGCCCCCUGCUGGACAUGUAUUUAUUUUCUCAUUGCUUGAAUGGAAAACCAUCUUUCUUUGGGUUAUAAGCUACAUAAAACCCGAUCAUUCUAUUGGCUUCUGUCUUUUUCAUGUAUGUUCACAUUCUAUGUAUCAUUUUGUCAUGAAUUAUCUGUAUUGUAAUUGUAUUAUAUUGGUCUAUUUCAUACACACUACAUCUGUUGUGCGUCUGUCUGUCCUGGGAGAGGGAUCCCUCCUCAGAUGCUCUUCCUGAGGAUUCCUCCAUCUUAAGGGUUUUUUUGGGGAGUUUUCUUUAUCCGAAGCUAGAGUCUAAAAGGUCAGACGGUGUCGUAUGCUGUACAGAUUCUAAAGCCCUUGAGGCAAUUUGUGAUAUUGGGCUAUAUAAAUAAAAUUCACUCAACGUGACUUUCAUCAAGCUAAUUUUUAUAUUCAGUUUAAUGGGUUUCCCUUGGAGACAAUAACUCCAACCUUGACCACAUUCAAAUGAGGCAGCAUCAGCGAGAGACUAAUGCAAUCUCAACUUUUUUGGCCAACUGAUGAGAGCAACUCUCUGUGAAUAUUGAAUUUAGCUUGAAUUGAUAUUAAUGUGCACCAGUUUGCGACUUCAAUUUAGCUAAACCGUAUGAUAACUAGGGAGGACACAAAAUGGCCACUGAUGUCACAGCCCACUUCACUAGCAAUUUGGUGCCAGCCAUUUUUUAUAUCACUCUGAGUUAAAAUCCAUUUAUUCUAAGUGGAAAAUGUCUGAUGAAACUCAAAGGAUGGCGAUGUUGUAGGUUGAAGCAUCCUUCAAAUCAAAUGCUGUUAUACAUCUAAAGAUAGGCUUCUCAAAUAAUGCCAAAUUCAUUUAAAACAAUACGUUUUAUACAUCCACAUUUCAUUAUUGUUUUGUUUUUUUCACAGUAAUGUAAGUUGAUCUUGUUGCCACAUAUAAUUUAAUCUUGUAAAUAAGCUUGUAAUGAUGGGGAAUGUGGAUCAGCCUCUCAGCACGGCCCCUCGGAUUAAAAAUGUCUGCCUGCUGCUCUCACUACUCUAUAAGCUCUCAUGUCGUGCUGUGGGACUUUAAUGUGUGUUCUUGAAAGUCUUUGUUUCGUUGAAUAUCUACCUCAGUCUUGGUUUACCACAUAUCUACAUGAUUAGCUACAGUGGUGUAGUCUACGUGAUACGCAGGU